CAUUCUUUCACGCUAACACCUAAAACCCCUAUUCAUCACUCCCGCUCAAUUUUCACGCUAACACCUCAAAAAGAAAGAAAAACAUUGAAUCAUAGUUCAGGCUUACUGCCCUAGCCGCCUUCGACUUUCUUCUCCAACGUUCAGAUCGACGCAAAGCCUCUUCUGCGCCGCCUCCAUCUCUUUUCCUCUGCCAUCUUACUUGCCGACGAACAAAUUCUCUCCUGUAUCUCAUGAUCUGUUUCCUUUGUCACGCUUGCCUCCAAAUCUAAAACCCUAGGUAGUCGCCGCCGCAGCCUCAAUCUCCUCCGAUCACCACCACCUCGCGUUGGAGCCCCCGAGGCGGAACCUUGCCCGCUCUACCUAGCUCCGCACUGCCUUGUUCUGCUCCGGUUCGCCGUGCUUCGCCGCCGCUCCCAUCUUCUCUGGUCGCCGUCACCCCUCCUCGAAGGCCAUCUGCCAUUGCGGCCGUGAGCUUCCGGUGAGGCCGCCGCUGGAAUAAAGAGAAUAGAUCAAAGUUACAGAUGAAUCAUGCAUGCGGAACAAAAUCUAUUGCACAGUUUUGCUACGAAGAGCGUGACAAUGAAACUAGAGAGGAGCCUAGUCGCACAACAGCGUGGAGAUUGAGCCGUUAUAGUAACACGAAAAAGGACUGGAUCGAUGAGGCCUCAAAGGAAGUUUAUGAUGAGUUUAUGAAGUUGCAAGCUGAAGACAUUGAAGAUCCUAUGUCAGAAGAUGAAGCUUUUGUCAAGGUUCUUGGUGAGGAAAAAUCGAGCCGACUUCGAGGAUAUGGAGAUGGAUUGAAGUCACCAUCCAAAAGAGGAGAGAUGAUUAAUCUUGAUUUGCAAAAAGAGAAUGAAGAGCUGAAGAAAAAGAAUGAAGAGUUGGCCUCUCGAAUUGAGUCUUUAGAAGCUUAAAUUAACGUGAUCACGUAUUUACUUGAAUAAGCUUCCGCAUCAAUUUUGCAAUUCGAUUCUAUUGUUCUUAUAAUUAAACGUGAUCAUACUGUUUUUUAAAUAAGCUUCUACAUCAAUUUCAUAAUUCAUUUAUUAGAAAUAAACGUGAUCACGCCCCGUUUGUUAAA